GCCACCCCGCGGCUGGGAGGACCGGCUGCCGCGGCCCCGCCGCCGGGAGGAUGAUGUCACGGCCGGCCCCGCCCGGCACCCGAGAGAUGGGGGGAUGGAGGAGUCGGUUCGGAAGGACGAGGGCAGCGCUGCACCGGCACGGCACGGCACGGCACGGCACGGCACGGCACGGCACGGCACACAGCCAGAGCUCAGCCCCGAGCAGCCCAGCACCCCGACCCGCCCGCAGUUGGAGCGGUGUCUAAUUAUGGAAGUCGGCGGGUGCGCGCUGCCCAGCGGAGCUAACGCGGCGGCAGUACCAGCAGGGCAGGAGCGGAGCAACGUGUGUUCGCAAUGCUGCUCACGGGGCACGUGCCCGGCCUCCAGUGCGGCUCAUUACGGCUUAUCCAGCCUUCAUUUUGUGCCCAGUAUCUCCACUAUUGUCACUGUUCUCACAGCUGCCCGGAGAAGCCCCGCAGAGCCGGGCAGGGUGGCACGGCCGGAAAGCACGCGCUGCUGGGGUUAGUCAAACCUCCGCCCUGCAGAAUGAAUGGGAACGAGAGCAGCCCGCGGGCUGCAGCGAGCAGAGACACAAACGAAGCCGAUCGACACGGGCCGUUGGAAGCCCCGCGGGCCGCCCUGCGUCCUGCCCUCCCCUCCCCUCCCUCUGACCCCCCGCCCCGUGCCGCCGUUGCCAGGACGCACCAUGACGGAGCUGGAGCUGGCCGCGCUGCCCCUGCCGCAGCUCCGGGAACGACUGGAGCAGAAGCGGUACCGGCAGACACGGCGGGCAGGGGAUGCGCGGGGACAGAGGCUGGGCGCCAUGCCAAUGACUUGGUGAGGUCCAGGGUGAAGCUGUUUGAGAACCAGUACAAUAAGAUUCAGAUGAGCAGCCAGGGCUCCCCGCAGCAAGGCUCCGCACCAGCGAUGGCACCCAAACUGACACGGGGCAGGUCCAGAUCCAGGCUGCGCAGCAGUUCCUCGGCCUACUUUGCAGCCCUGACAGCGGAGCAGAAAUGUGACCUGGCUGAGCGGGAGCUGAUGGAUGUGAAAAAAGACAUUCAGAAGAUGGAGGAGGACUCGGAGAAGACCUUGCAAGACCUCGAGGCAGUCAUACAAGAAGCAGAUGGUUGGUGGGCUGGUGUUAAGAAAGCUACCGGUGACUUUGAGGAAGACGUUGUCAGAGCCAUCUCCAACGAGAAAGGGAGCAUCACAGCAUCUGAGAAGGUGGUGAAAUACCUGGAGGAGAAGAACCACCAGAGGGAUCUGCUGAGGCAGAAGCUGCGCUUAGAAAGCAAUUUGCUCGGGAGCUACAAGAAGAAACUGCAGCAGCAGCUCAGGCAGAAGGCGCAGGUGGGAGAAGUGAUCAGUGAGGUCCAUGCAGAGUUGCUGCAGGUUAAGAAAGCACAGUACGAGGAGGAGAUUGAUGAGAAGAACAAGGAGCUGCAGCAGCUAAAGAUGGCCUUAGAGAAGAUCAAGAUCAUCGACUCCUGCAAGCAAAAGCUGCACAGUGCCAUGGAAACAUCAACAGCUCUGAUGAAAGACAUUUCCCAGAGGAUAGAGAUGCUGGAGAAAGUUGAAAGAAAAACUACUCUUGUGAAGGAGCAACAAGCCAAAGAGAAGUGUCUCAUUGAGAGGCUGCAGAAGCAGCUGUCAGACUACAGCACACCUCCUGCAAUGAAUUACAUGCAGACAACGAUGGCUGUCGCUGACCUGGAAAAGAGCAUCAAGGCUUGGGAGAGGAAGGUGGCAAUUGCCGAGAUAACCUUGCAAAGACACCACAGAGCGUGGAACCAAGUGAAGAUGUCUGCUAACAUGCACCUGCCUUGUGUGAUGCUUCAGGGCAAGCAGUGGAAGCUGCAGAGGAAGCCAGCCGUGUGGGGAAAUGUGCUGUAAAAUGGUGGAACAUCCCAAUUCCAUCCCUCCCUCAAGAAGAGACAAGGUUCAGCUUAGCGGGACCAGAGUGCUAUUUCUGAAGAGCCCAUUCCCAGCAGCACAAACUGCAUGCCUAGAGAAAGUUUGAAGCUUUUAAUUUAAUAAAGUCAUUUCAUGUCUGUCUG